UAUCCCUUUUACUUUGUCCCCCCCCUCCAAUAUUUCCCCCCCUUACGUUUUCCAUUUUCACACACAGAAAAUGGACAUGGAAGCUGCAGCUACUUCACCACUCUCACUCCAAGAAAAUCAAACCCCACAAAUCUCCUCCCCAAAGCCCUUCAAGAGAAGCUUUGUCGCUUCACUAAUGGAGGCCGCUGCUCUCCGCACGCCUUCUUUCAAAGAAGACACAUACUUCAUUUCCCACCUCAAGAACUCCGAGAAGAGAGCACUCCUAGAGCUCAAAGACAAGCUCAUGUCCGUCCAUGGCCCCGACUCCAUGUGGGGCAUCCCACUCUUGGGAAAUGCCGACGAGCGCGCUGAUGUUAUCUUGCUCAAGUUCCUCCGGGCGAGGGAUUUUAAGGUUCAAGAUUCGCUCACCAUGCUCCUCAAAUGCUUGGGUUGGAGGAAGGAAUUUGGGGCCGACGUUGUUUUGGAGGAGGAGUUGGGGUUUAAGGAGCUUGAAGGAGUUGUGGCUUACAUGCAUGGAUAUGAUAGAGAAGGGCAUCCGGUUUGCUAUAAUGCAUAUGGGGUUUUCAAAGAUAAAGAAAUGUACGAGAGGAUUUUUGGAAAUGAUGAGAAGCUGAAGAAGUUUUUGAGGUGGAGAGUUCAGGUUCUUGAGAGAGGGAUUAAACUGCUGCAGUUUAAGGCUGGUGGAGUUAAUUCCAUCAUUCAGGUCACUGAUCUCAAAGACAUGCCUAAAAGAGAACUCAGAGAGGCUUCUAAUCACAUUCUCUCACUCUUUCAAGAUAAUUAUCCUGAAAUGGUAGCCAGAAAGAUCUUUGUAAACGUGCCAUGGUACUUUAGUCUGCUGUACUCAGUCUUUAGUCCAUUUCUGACUCAGAGAACCAAGAGCAAGUUUGUGAUCUCCAAGGAAGGAAAUGCUGCAGAGACGCUUUACAAAUUCAUUAGGCCAGAGGACAUUCCGGUUCAGUAUGGUGGACUGAGCCGGCCCAAUGAUAAGCUGAAUGGCCCCCCUAAACCGGCUUCCGAGUUCACUGUCAAGGGAGGAGAGAAAGUGAACAUUCAAAUUGAGGGCAUUGAGACUGGUGCAACAAUAACAUGGGACAUAGUGGUGGGAGGCUGGGAACUAGAAUACAGUGCGGAAUUUGUGCCAAACGCCGAAGGAAGCUACACCGUUGCCGUGGAGAAGCAGCGGCAUGUUGCGGCCGAUGAAGAGGCGAUUCACAAUUCCUACACUGCAGGAGAAGCCGGAAAAUUGGUGUUAUCUGUCGAUAACACCGCCUCCCGCAAGAGGAAGGUGGCUGCAUAUCGAUACAUUGUUCGGAAAACGGCCGCAAGUAUCAUCUAGAAUGAAUACAAGAAGAGCUUUUGCUGUGUUUUUUUUCUUUUCCUCUUGUUUUUUUUAUUCCAGCAUUUGCUGUUAUGAGGGAUUGUCUGCUAAUGUUUCGACUCUAAUAUCAUGAUGUGCUUCUGUGCAUGUAAAUGGUGGUGGUAUUGUAUAAUUGA